AUGUCGAUAGAAUCAUCGGACUCAGAGGCGGAAUAUCAUUCGUAUUCUGAGCGAACUUUAGCAAUUAUCAAGCCAGAGGCUUACGAAGAUGCCGAGGCGAUAGAAAAUCACAUUAGGAACCAUGGUUUUUCAAUACUAGCGAGGCGGGAGGUGCGUCUCACGCCAGAGCAGGCGGCGGAGCUGUACCGCGGCCACUACGGGCGUCACCACUUCCCGCACCUCGUAGCCCAGAUGUCCAGCGGACCGAUAGUCGCCAUGGUGUUGGCGUGCCGUGGGUGCAUACAGAAGUGGCGGACUCUGAUGGGACCCGCGCGGGUUGUCGAGGCGCAAGCCUACUGGCCUGACAGUUUGCGCGCCUGUUACGGACGCCGCACAAAAUACGGCGACUAUUUCAACGCACUGCACGGAAGCAAGGACCACGCGGAGGCCUUGCGCGAGAUUCACUUCUUCUUUCCUGACAUGAUCGUUGGACCGCUGCUCCGACAUUGGCAAGUGAACGACUACGUCCAGAAGCACCUCGCGUCGACACUCGAGCCAGCGCUGUCGGCCCUGGCCCGCGAGAGGCCCGCCGAGCCCGUCCUCUGGCUGGCUCACUACCUCCAGAAGAACAACCCCAACGAACCACUCCUGGGCCCGGCCACCCACGAAAUCAGGGACGAGCCCCAGUGCCACACGCCCCUGCCGUCAGAGACAUCCGAGAGGAAA